UCUGGAAAUGUUCAGGAUUUAUAAAUGAAGAGAAAACCUCCUAAAUGUGCAGAUUUGCAGAUUUCCCCCUCCCUUUUUAAUAGGGGGAAAAAAGCUUGAAGACCUAAAGCUGUCUAAGUAUUUACAGACAAACAGGGUGGAGUCCUGAGGCCAAAGUAAGGGAGGACAUGUGACUUAAGGGGCGGUGAAAGCAGCACUCUGCCUCUAAAGUUCAGUCUUCACAGCCCAUUGCACUCAAACAUUCCUGGGACAAAUCUCUGCAUCAUCUCAACAACUUCAACAAAGGAAUAUCAACAUGGCUCUGGUUUCGGAGUUUCUGGGACAGCUUACUCUUAACGUUGGGAGUGAACCCCUGUACCCCACUCUGCUACCUGCCAAGGACUUUGACCCAGACAGAGAUGCUGCCAGAAUAGAGACUGCAAUCAAAACCAAAGGGGUGGAUGAGCAGACAAUCAUUGAUGUCCUUGCAAGGAGAACCUAUUCUCAAAGGAGAGAAAUUGCUUUUGCCUACGAAAGAAAGACAAAGAAGGACAUGAUCACAGCUCUGAAAGCAGCUUUAUCCGGGUCCCUGGAAACCGUCAUCCUUGGACUGAUGAAGAGCACAUCCCAGUAUGACGCCUCAGAGAUCAGAGGAUCAAUCAAGGGUCUAGGAACAGAUGAAGAAACUCUGAUUGAAAUGUUAUGCUCACGCAGCAAUGAUGAGCUAGUGGAAAUCAAGAAGGUCUACAAAGAGCUAUUCAAAAAAGACUUGGCAAAAGAUGUUGCAGGCGAUACCUCUGGAAACUUUGCGAAGCUGCUUUUAGCUCUAGUGGAGACCAAGAGAGAUGAACCCAGUGCCGUAGUAGACUAUGAAAAAAUAGAUGCUGAUGCCAGAGCUCUUUAUGAUGCUGGAGUGAAGAUAAAAGGAACCGAUGUGAACACUUGGAUAUCUAUUAUGUCCCAGAGGAGUGUCCCCCACCUGCGGAAAGUGUUUGACAAGUACAAGGGUUACAGCCCCUAUGACAUGCAGGAGAGUAUUGAGAAGGAAGUUAAAGGAGAUCUACAGAAGUCUUUCCUCGUACUAGUUCAGUGCUUUGAAAACAAGCAGCUUUACUUUGCGAAAAGGCUGAAUGAAGCCAUGAAGAGUAAAGGAGCCAAAGAGAAGAUUGUGACCAGGAUUAUCGUGUCUCGCUGUGAGGUGGAUCUGAAAAAGAUCUGCUCUGAAUACAAAGCCACCUUUGGGCAGUCCCUGCAGCAGACGAUAACCGAGCAUACCAAAGGAGACUAUCAGAAGAUACUGCUUAACCUCUGCGGACCAGAUCAGUAAAAAUGCCCUGUCAGCAUCCAGGUGUUUUUAACCUGCUUUUACUGGAAAUAUGGACCUACAGCGUUGCAUUACUACACAGGCCUAAAAGCGCAGCAUUGAAGAAGACAUGAAAAUAUAGUCUUAGAACUUAAAAAGGUGUUAUUUAUGAUUUUUAUAGCAGAAAAUGAAUAAAGUUUUGUUUCUGGAUUGCUAAA